AGACGACCGUUCAGUGGUGUAACAAACGGAGCCAAAAUGGAGGUCUUUGUUGUUGCUCCGAGCUUUAGGUGCUCAAGCUUCGAGUUUCCACCUGGUUCUGUUGUCAGAGAUGUUCUGGAACGGUUCGUCCCGCACCAGGACUGGUACGUCACCACUAACGGCCGUCUGACCGGGCUGGAGGAGCGGCUGCAGGAUGGGGCCGUCUACCGCCUGGAGCCCCGGCUCCGUGGAGGGAAGGGAGGUUUUGGGUCCAUGCUCCGGGCUUUGGGAGCGCAGAUCGAGAAGACGACCAACAGAGAGGCCUGCAGAGACCUGAGCGGCCGCCGCCUUCGAGACGUUAACCAUGAGAAGGAGAUGGCGGACUGGCUGAAGAAGCAGUCGGAGCGCGAGGCGGAGAAGGAGCAGCGGCGGCUGGAGCGUCUGCAGAGGAAGCUGUCAGAGCCACGGCAUCAGUUCGCCGACCCGCAGUACCAGCAGCAGUGCCACGACCUGAGCGAGCGUCUGGAGGACUCGGUUCUGAAAGGCCUGCAGGCGACCUCCAGCGGUCAGGUGAAGGUCGGAGCCGACCCGGAUCAGAACCAAGCCCCUGCAAGGAAGAGGAGGAAGACUGCAGCGGCGGCCGGGUUCUGGACGGGACUGGAGGAGCUGCUGAGCUCUGAGGAUGAAGAUGAUGAAGAGUUUCCACGCAGCAGCAGAGGAGCCGUUACCAUGACGACCCAGAGGGAGGAGGCGGAGCCUGGACCCAGCAGCAGCACCGCUUCAGCCGCUCCAACCGCCAGAACCUCAGAGGUCCAGAACCCCGGACUCCCGACGGAACCGGCUGUUGAACUGUCAUCGGACCAGAACCCUCCUCAGGGCUGCAGGGAACCAGAUCAGCAGUUGGACCUGUCCUCGGUGCCAUCCGUCCAGCAGCUGGAGUCUCUGGGUCUGGAGGUUCUGAAGGAGGAACUGAUGCGCCGCGGCCUGAAGUGUGGGGGAACGCUAUCGGAGCGUGCCGCCCGCCUCUUCUCCGUCAGAGGCCUGAGUCCAGACCAGAUCGACCCGGCACUGCUCGCCAGAACCAGGAGGAAGUAGACCCAGCUGGGAGGUUCCUCUGGAAGGCGGAACUUCCUGUCUGGAAUGAAGCGGUCGGGUCUGGAUGUUGGAAUCAUUUAUUUGAACAUGUGAAUCGAUGAUCAGAUUUGUUUUCAUGAAAUAUUAAUAAAAUGUUCCAGAACCAA